AGAAAUGAAAGAACGGGAAGAUGUGUUUACUGAUUUAGUUCCGCAAUAAGUAACAUUUUCUUAUUUGUUAAUCAUAACCCCGCGUAUUCAUAGUGUUCCAAGUAUUUAAAUCUCCAAACUUUUCGUAGAUUCGUGCUGUAAGAGAUAGUUAAAGUAAAACAUUAAUUUUUGUUUAAAACCACGAAAUUUAGCUUAAAUUUUGCCAAAUUCCCCAUAAAACUCCCGCAUGAGUAACGAAAACGUUCUUAACUUGGCAACAUAUGAUCCUUUUGCUGAUGCAAGCAAAGGUAAUGACACCGGAAGCCAAGGAAAUGUAAUUCAUAUUCGAAUUCAACAAAGAAAUGGCCGCAAAACACUCACCACUGUGCAAGGAAUUUCAGACGAUUAUGAUAAGAAAAGGAUAGUGCGCGUUUGCAAAAAGGAGUUCGCUUGCAACGGCACAGUUGUUGAUCACUCAGAGUACGGAGAAGUUCUACAACUGCAGGGAGACCAAAGGAACAACAUUGCUGGAUUUCUUGUUAAUGUGGGCUUGGCCAAAAAGGAACAAGUGAAAAUUCAUGGUUUCUAACAUGUGUCCAUCUAUGUCCAGUUUCCAACCAUGAUUUUAAUAAGAUUUUUAAAUGUAAAAUGAUAAUGGAAAGAAACAGCAACAGGGCCUUUCCCUGUUUUUUACUCUCUGGUUAAAACACUUCUUGUACAUAAGCGUGUUGGAAUUAUGAAGUCCUGUUACGUUAACCGUCACCAUUUUUUUCAUUCGCUUGUUAUACCUUCGUGUGUUUGUGUGAAACGAUUAAGGCUGAAUGUUGUAAACCAAAAUUAAAAUAAAACUGACAAGGUGUUA